AUGGAUGGAUGGGGACGGGGAGACGACAGUGCGGUGGCGGAGACGUCCAUGGCGAACGCGAGCCGACAGCCGGCCAUCUCCGGCAAGCCCGACCACAGCGAUCGCGGAUCUCUGACCAUGGUUGCUCCAGUGCUGUUGUUGCUCCCUCCUCUUCUCUGCGUCCUCCUCCUAGUUGCUGCUCCCUCCUCUGCUCUGCCUCCUCCUCCUAGCUGCUGCUCCCUCCUCUGCUCUGCCUACGUCCUCCAGGGUGUCGUGCUGGCGACCGGGGUUGGAGCGCUCAGAUCGAAGGUGGCCGAGCGCUGGUACUUGCUCUACAAGAUGGACAAGCAGGGGGCCAACCUCAUGUUCAUCUACUGGUGGGAGGACAAGAUAACUUUUGUGGGGGACCGGACGGUGGUGGAGAUGUACAAGUUCCUCAAGAAGCACGCUGCCAUCCCUUUCAACUCUGUUGCAGCUGCGGCCGGCUGUGCUUCUGCCUCGGCUACAAACUGCCUAGGUGAGCUUUAUCCCUCUGUGGCGCCUCUGGUGGCGUUGGACUUGUGA